CAUGGUCUCGCGUCUACUUAUUUUAGAAAAAGUCAAAUAUGACUAAUACAAACAGAAUAUGUUCUCAUUGCAUUUGCAAUAUGCACCUACGCAGAAGCGACUAGCUACUCCCAAGCCUAUACAUUGCCUUACACAGAUACGAUUAUUGUAAGAAGUUAUUAUUCCAUCAUGCCUCAUAAUCCACAGAAUGCUCCUCCCCAUUUUGCUCAGGGGCCUCAGAACGGCACAUUCGAAGCAAUGGCAAUUCCAGAACCGAUGACCCAAGUCCGCGGUGACCCUUGGCAAUCAGUUAGUGCACUACAGUUGGGAUUGCAGCCACGAUCAUUUAACGAGCUUCACACUGAAAGGAUGUACCUCCUUGAGAUGCUUCAGCAGCACGAUAGACGAGCUAUCGACCUGUUUAUGAAAGUGCCCGUUGUCGAGGAGAAGAUCUACCAGGCCAGGGAUCCGCAGGAACAGAAGCAAGCUAAGAAACAUCGUGGUUGGUUGAGACAUCGUAUUGUGGACACCGUCGAGGAAGAAAAGAAGAUACUAGCAAGGUUAAGUGAGUUGCACGUUGAAAUCCAAUGCCGCGAGAGAUGGUCAAGGGUCGAGAGGGAAAGAGAGAGGUUGAAUAUCACAGCGCAGCAUGCCCCUGCAUAUGCAAACCCCCCUAUGCCUUCGCUAACGCCUUGGGGUCCCCAAACGUAUCCAUUGCCUCCUGAGUUGCCGGCCCCCAACUACCCGUACUAUGUGCACACCGGAUCACCUGGAAUAUAUUACCAGAGGCCAAUUUCUGCUGGAGGUAUUUAUUCUAGUCAUAACGAGGACCACGAAACUCCAACACACGGGCAGAAUCCGUCUGAUAAUGACUUUGGGCCUGAAGCGCACGAAUUGGAUGACACAGCUAUCGACCACAGUCCGGGUAGCGAGUCUCGCAGACGGUCGCAAUCCUUGGUGACAUUCUCGGAAUCAAGACCUACACAUCGGAGUAGUAUGCCUUCGCUAAGUCGCACAUGGAGUGGGCAAAGUGAGGGAAAUGGAAAUAAUUAAACGUAAUUUGAGCUAUCAGUGACCCCUUACAACGGAGGUGAUGGAGGAACAAUGAGAUUCUAGGAAGGCGUUCGUGUUUCUUAGUCAGAGUGUGCAGAAUAUCAAUUCAUUU